AUGGUUCUGGAUCAGCAGAUGCUCCAUCUCAAUAUUGGUGAAGACUGUCGGCCGAUCAAUUUUGCCGCGGUUAUCACGCCUCCGUCGGAGAGUGAGUUGAUCAUGCGGCAGGAUGGCCGGGACUCCGGAAUCAAGGUGCAGGACACUACUGUGCAAGACACUACUGUGCAAGACCCUUCAAUCGCCACCACCGAGGCCACUCCCGUGGCGGCAUGCCCGACCCCGACCCCUACCGACGACACAAUGUGCCGGAUCUAUCGUCGAACUCCUACCCCGACAAUCAUCUUGGACGGCUCCUUGCGGGUCGCCGAGGUGUCCGAUAGUCACUUGGAUAUCUUUAAAUCAACUAGGGGGCAGCUAAUACAUACCAGCGUGUAUGACCUGGCACCACACAUAGUUCCAGCGCCAGAUAUCGCGUUGUUGAGCGGUGCCUUGGGUGCGGCGUUUAUCUCCCGAGCCGCUCAGACCAUUGACCCCGUCUACGUCCAUGCCUGCGAUGCAUUCUUCUCACUUCGAGUGACUCCGAUCUACGAGGGCGAUACCCUGAUAUACGUGCUCCUCGAAGCGCAGAACUCCAAGCGCGGACAGCCCGCAUCAAAGGCAAUUAGUGAGCAGACGUACCUCAACGAGACAUACAAAAUCUUGAUCGACACGGUGAAGGACUACGCCAUUUUUAUGCUAGAUACACGGGGUUACAUUGCAACUUGGAACUCGGGUGCUCAAAUUCUCAAGGGCUACAAACCCAACGAAAUCAUCGACAAGCACUUUUCUGUCUUUUAUGGGCGCGAGGAUCGCCUAAAUGACAAGCCUGCGAAGGAGCUGGAGGUGUGUCUGCAGGAAGGCAAGGUGGAAGACGAAGGGUGGCGUUAUCGAAAAGACGGGAGUCGAUUCUGGGCCAACGUCAUGAUCACGCCCAUCUAUCAAUUCGAUCGGCACGUUGGCUUCGUGAAGGUGACCCGCGACCUGACCGAGCGCAAGGCCGCCGAGGCACGUCUGAUUGAUGCUUUUGAGGAAUCUUCAAAAUUAAAAACCGACUUUUUGGCCAACAUGAGUCACGAGAUCCGGACACCGAUGAACGGGAUGUCACUGGCGCUGACCAUGCUUAGUCGGACGCCGUUGAAUGAUGAGCAGAAGGAGUACGUCUCCGUCCUCGAGGAUUCAACGGCUAUCCUGUUACAAGUCAUUAAUGACGUGCUGGACUACUCAAAAUUGUCUUCCGGGUCCUUCUCCCUGAACGCGGAUGUAAUCAACAUACCCAGCGUAGUCAAUGCAGUCAUCCGCAACUGCAAGGCUUCGCUGAAACCCGGGGUCGUUCUGGAGAGCACUAUCAGCCCCGAAUUUCCUGAAAUCGUCAAAGGUGACCCUCUACGAUUCCGCCAAGUUUUGCAAAAUUUGGUCAGCAAUGCCAUCAAGUUCACGGACAGCGGCUACGUUCGUGUCGAUACUACCUUCUCAGUGGAUGGAAAUGACCCUGACAUGUAUAACGUCUCAACCCAAGUGGUAGACUCCGGGAUCGGUGUUCCUGAGGAUGCCGUCAACACCCUCUUCACACCAUUUACUCGAUACGCAGACACCGCGACGAAGCGAUACCAAGGCACAGGACUGGGACUUUCGAUUUGCAAGAGUUUGGCUGAGCUUAUGGAAGGGGCGGUGGGAUUCCAUUCGAACCCUGAUGGGCCUGGCAGUGUGUUCUGGGCGACAGCAAGAAUGGGUCGCCUCGACGUGCCCGUUCUCCAGGAGAGGUCCCGAGUCUGGCCGGUGAUUGACACACAUAGCGACUUGUCGGACUUGCUUCAGAAGAUUGCCUCACAAAAGCACAUCCUGCUCGUUGAGGACAACAAGGUGAACCAAACGAUCAUGCUCAAGCUGCUCGGCAGCCUGGGCUUCGGACGAGUCGAUGCUGCUUGGGAUGGCGCAGAAGCCGUGCGGAUGGUGAAGCAGAAACCACUGGCAUAUAAUCUGAUUCUGAUGGAUAUCAACAUGCCUGUUAUGGACGGCUUAGAAGCCACCGCGCAGAUCCGCCUGACCCAUAACGACUUGCCCAUCAUCGCACUCACUGGAAAUGCCCUGAAAGGAGAUGCUGAGACCUAUUUGGCAAAAGGAAUGAGUGACUACAUUGCGAAACCCUUGCAUCGCCAGCAGCUGGUCGAACUUCUGUGGAAGUGGUUUGAAGGAUCUUGA